AUGACUAUAAUCCAAAAUUUUAUCUUGUUAUUCAUUUUAUUGAUCGAAUUUUCUGCGGUUAAUGUUAUUCCGUAUCAACUGGUUAAAAGAGAGACUACUAUUUUUGAUUGUUCGUCGUCGCCUGAAGGUUCAAUGAUCAGUGGAGUAACACUUACUCCUGACCCUCCAUCCGGCUCUGAACUCAAGAUUAAUUGUAAUAAUGUAACGACCAAUACAGAUAUUAUUAAUGGCACUACAUUGAAAUGUCCAACCAAAUAUUUUUACUUUGCUUACAUAUAUUAUAACAUCUCUAAACCUCCUUUACCUCCUCAGUUUCCCCCAUCAUUCUCCAUUAGAAUCACAGUCGAAAAUGUUGAAACUUUAGCUUGUGGAAUUGUAAAUUUCCAAGCUUAA